GGCUGGACUCCGGGCAGAGGCACACCGGGCAGAGGCACACCGGGCUGGACUCCGGGCAGAGGCACACCGGCUGGACCCUGGGCAGAGGCACAUCGGGCUGGACUCCGGGCAGAGGCACAUCGGGCUGGACUCCGGGCAGAGGCACAUCGGGCUGGACCCCGGGCAGAGGCACAUCGGGCUGGACUCCGGGCAGAGGCACAUCGGGAGAUUACCAGGCGGGGCGACAGCCAUCGGGCCCCCAGGCGGGGCGACAGCAGCCGGGCCCCCAGGCGGAGCGGCGGGCACCGGGCCCCCAGGAGGGGCGACAGGCACCGGGCCCCCAGGCGGAGCGCGACGGGCAUCGGGCCCCCAGGCGGGGCG